AGUGACUCUCUGAUGACUGGCACCAUCGUACUGUACCGGAGAAGCCAAGAUGGCUGCAAGCAAUUAUUUUGGCUUCACGCAUGCCACCGGUCCCCAGUACAGCACCCAGCCUCCCCCGGCUUACUCGCAUCCCUCGACAGCCACCUAUAGCAUCCAGCAGGCUCCCACUGUGCCUCAUGCCGUGACUGCCUCUUAUUCUCCGGCCACAGUUCAGGCAGCCCAGCCUGUCGUUAGUGCUCCUUACGCCGGCUAUCAGAGCCACCAGCCCCCUCAGGACUACACCUAUAGGCCGGCGGACCCCCCAGCAGCCCCACAUCCAACAACCACACCACAGACAUAUCAGGUGUACUCAGACACGCCGGACAACUACAACUAUGCCCGGCCUGCUGUUGUGACGACGUAUGACAAUAAACAGUACUACCAGACAAGUAUCGUUUCAGCCCAGAGGAGUACUACUGACAAUUACUACCAGACCGUCGGAGUGAAGAGUGCUUACACUCCAGCCCCCACCACUGUGUACAGCCACCUGCCUCCUCCUCAGAGGCAGGUAACAACGCUGAAGCCACUGGCACCGAGCAGCUUGGUGUCCGCCACCUACAACAUCUACCCGGUGUCCAGCAGCGCACAGCAACCGCAAACAUCUGUUUCAUCCUACACCCUUGGCUCCACCUUCAGCUCUACUGCAUCAGUCCCCUCCUUCUCAGGCCUCAGCUACCCAAACUAUGAUUCAGCCGGCUACAGCUGCACACCCGCCACCUCCUAUUACCAGUCGGCCCAGCAGACUUUGUCCCAGCCUCAGCAGCAGCAGCACCAGCAGCAGCUCCCCCCAUCCCAUCAGCCUCAAAAACCGCAAGCCCCCAAGCAACUGACAAGCGCUUCCUGGAGCGAUCCCGGCAGCUACAUGGUGACGAGCUCGGUGGCGAGCACCUACAAAAAGCCACCAUUCCAUCCGAACAAAUUGCAGAAGCCCAGAGGGCCUAUCAAGCAGCCCCAGCUUCAUUACUGUGACAUUUGCAAAAUAAGCUGCGCAGGUCCUCAGACGUACCGGGAGCACCUCGAGGGUCAGAAACAUAAGAAAAAAGAAGCAGCUCUGAAGACUGGUAGUCAGAUGGGGGCCUGCAAUGGGCCCAAAGGGGUCCAGACUCACUUACGAUGCGAAUUGUGUGACGUGUCCUGUACUGGAGUUGAUGCCUACGCUGCACACAUCCGUGGCUCCAAACACCAAAAGGUGGUAAAACUGCACACCAAGCUGGGCAAGCCUAUCCCCUCCACUGAGCCCGUGUUGGUGAACUCUGCACCAGUCGUCACAACAUCAACGGCUACCAAAAACCUGGCCUCCACCACCGACGUGGCUUCAUUCGGGACCACUUCAACUGUUACUGCUGCACCCAAACCAGCUGUAAACACUGCGGCUAAAACAGUAGCAACAGUCAAGAAACUAGCUCCGUCCAAAACAUCUUUCACUUCCAGUAAGCCAGCCAGCACUCCUGCAGCCGUGACAGCAGCGCCCCCUGUGGCAGUAGCAGUGAGAGUAGAGAAAACCAUGCCACAAGUGCCAGAGGAAGAUUGUAACCAGGUCGUCGGCCAAGGGGACAUCCAGCCAGUUGGCCAUGACUAUGUGGAGAAGGUGCGUAAUGCUGAUGGCAAAGUCAUUCGAUUCCACUGUAAAUUAUGUGAAUGCAGCUUCAAUGACCCAAAUGCAAAAGACAUGCACCUGAAGGGAAGAAGACACAGACUGCAGUACAAGAGGAAAGUGAACCCGGAGCUCCCAGUUGAGAUCAAACCUAGUAACCGAGCCAGAAAGCUGCAGGAGAGCAAAUUGAAGAAGCACAGGACGAUGCUGAAGAGACAGCAAGAUGAUGAGGAGCUCUGGCACGUAGAGAGGAGGCGAUAUGAGGACGACAUGUACUGGAGAAGAAUGGAGGAUGAGCAAUUGUACUGGGAGGAGCAGAGACGCAGAAUGGCUCCCCCACCUCUCAUGAGCCGCCGGGGUAUGCCUGUGCCCCCUCUGCUGUCGUGUGUGCGGCGGCCAGACUCACCCGACGACCGCCUUGUGAUGGCCAAACACGCCACCAUUUACCCUGGGGAGGAAGAGCUGCAGGCUGUUCAGAGGAUCGUCUCCCACUCUGAGCGAGCCCUGAAGAUGGUAUCAGACAAUCUAUUUGAGAAGAACAUCGCUCCUGCCGCUACUGAGAGUGAGGACCCAAAAAGCACUGCAAACGCAGUCCGCCUGCUCAGAGGUGUGAUGCGGGUGGGCAUCCUAGCCAAAGGUCUGCUACUUCGGGGUGACACUAAUGUUCAUCUAAUCCUGCUGACUUCUAAAAAACCCACCAUCUCCUUACUGAAGAACAUUGCUAAGCAGUUGCCCAAGGAACUGGCGACAUUUUCUGAAGAUCAGUAUACGGUGCAGGCUCAUCCAGAGAAGGCCAGCGUCGUCAUAUUAUCGAGCAAGGAGCCCAUAAUGCAGGUGACCAUUUCUCUCACCUCGCCGCUCAUGAGGGACGACCCUGCUGCUGAGACGGACAAGCAGGCAGGAGGAAAAGCGGCUGAGAAAGAUGUUGCUGAGAAUGACCCGCCUGAUCUUCUAAAUAAGAAAACUUGUUUGGAACACUUGGCCGCACUCCGUCAUGCCAAAUGGUUUCAGGCUCGUGCCAAUGGCCUGCAGUCCUGUGUCAUCAUCAUUCGAGUCUUAAGAGAUUUAUCCCAGCGAGUGCCCAUCUGGGGGAAGGUUCCGAGCUGGGCAUUGGAGCUGUUGGUGGAGAAGGUCAUCAGCAGUGCGACUGGCCCGCUUAGCCCGGGAGAAGCCUUGCGCAGGGUUCUGGAGUGCAUGGCCACAGGAAUCCUGCUCCCAGAUGGGGCAGGGUUGUUGGACCCCUGCGAGAAACAGCCGACAGAUGCUUUGGAGAGCAUGAAGCUUCAAGACAGGGAGGAUGUAACUGCCAGUGCGCAGCAUGCACUACGGCUGCUUGCCUUCCGUCAAAUCCACCGGGUCCUUGCCAUGGACUCCAUGUCCGUGACCAAAGCCGGCGCUUGCAACCGCAAACGGAGACGGGACAUCAACGAAGCGAGUGAAGGCGAGGGGGAAGGCGAAGUGAAAAAGGAAAAGAAGGUCGUGAGUGCUUGAUGUCCAGAAGGGCAGUUUGCUAGCUUAGGAUCUGAUUGAAUGUCACCAUUUAAAAAAACAGAACUGAAUCCAAUCGAAAAGGGUGACUUCUUGAAAAAAA